CCGACGUCAGCGCCUCCUCCAUCCAAGCCUGCCCGUAACCCUGGACCGGUCCGUUAUCGGAGGAAACAGAAAGGACAGAGACUCUGGUUUCUGCGCAGCACGCGCACGCUAGCACACUUUUACGUCGACGCCCUCUGAAUCACUCUCACUCGGAUCAGCUGGACCUGGCCCACAGAAAUCCUCAAUGGAGUCAUAAAGAGUGUGAAGAAAGAUGGAGAAUGGAAGGUUUUGAUCGUGGAUCACAUGAGCAUGCGGAUUCUGUCCUCUUGCUGCAAGAUGUCUGAUAUUUUGGCAGAAGGAGUGACAAUUGUGGAGGACAUCAGUAAACGCAGGGAGCCAAUUUCCAGUUUGGAGGCCAUUUAUCUGAUCACACCAGAGGAGAAGUCAGUUGACGCCCUCAUUAAGGACUUUAAGGAUUCAGCGUUUACUUACAAAGCGGCACACGUCUUCUUCACUGACACCUGUCCCAAUGAACUCUUUGCUAAGAUUGGAAGAUCCAGAGUGGCCAAGGCUGUCAAGACUUUAAAAGAAAUCAAUGUUGCGUUUCUGCCAUAUGAAUCUCAGGUAUUCUCCCUGGACGACCCAUCUUCCUUUGAGUCAUUCUACAGUCCGAAGAAGCGUGAUGAAAGAGACAAAGCUAUAGCAAGUGUCGCAGAGCAGAUUGCGACACUGUGUGAUACACUAAAUGAGUGUCCUGCAGUUCGAUAUUACAAGGAAUCAGAGGAAAACCUCAAAUUGGCUGAUGAGAUCAGACGCCGCCUUGAUGCUCACAAAGCUGACAACCUCAAAAUGGGAGAGGGUCCAGAUAAGGCGCGGUCUCAGUUACUGAUUGUCAACCGAGGGUUUGAUCCCAUCUCACCCGUUCUACAUGAGCUGACCUUCCAAGCAAUGGCUUAUGACUUGCUAGACAUCAAACAAGACAUUUAUUCCUACCAGACAACCGGCAUUGGGAACUCAAAAGAAAGAGAAGUGCUAUUGGAUGAAGAUGAUGAACUCUGGGUCCAGCUCCGGCAUAUGCACAUUGCAGAUGUAACUAAGAAAGUGACGGAGCUUCUUCGCACCUUUUGUGAGAGCAAGAAAAUGAGCACUGAUAAUGCCAAUAUCAAGGAUCUUUCUCAGAUGUUGAAGAAGAUGCCGCAGUAUCAGAAGGAGCUGAGCAUGUACUCUACUCAUUUGCACCUAGCAGAAGCUUGCAUGAACAAAUUCAAGGCCACCCUUAAUAACGUUUGUGAAGUGGAGCAGGAUCUGGCAAUGGGAGCCAAUGCAGUCGGUGAACCUCUGAAAGAUGCCAUGAAGAGCAUUGUUCCUGUACUCCUCAGUGAAAUUGAUGCUUAUGACAAGAUUCGCAUCAUUUUGCUGUACAUUUUCCACAAGAAAAAAGGCAUUCCAGAGGAGAACCUCACCAAGCUCAUCCAGCAUGCAAAUAUUCGGGACGACAGCAAAAUUAUUACCAACAUACAGAACCUUGGCUGCAACAUUAUAGUUGGAGGCCAGAACGCUGGUAAAAUGCUGCCAGAACGUAAGGAGAGAGCCGAUAGUACAUACCAACUCUCUAGAUGGACACCCAUCAUCAAGGACAUAAUGGAGAAUGCAAUUGAUGACAAACUGGACAGGAAACAAUGGCCAUUCAUCUCUGAGCCUGCGACAAUCACCACAACUCAGACUGCAGUCAGCAGUGCACGUUUUGGACACUGGCAUAAGAAUAGGUCUCCGACAGAACAUCGCUCUGGCCCUCGGCUUAUUAUUUUCAUGAUUGGUGGCGUGUCUCAUUCAGAGAUGCGUUCUGCUUAUGAAGUCACACGGGCCACUGAUGGGAAAUGGGAAGUUCUUAUAGGGUCAACCCACAUCUUGACUCCAACCAGCUUCCUCAAUGACUUGAAGAAGCUGGAAUAAAUUCUCCAUCUUAAAUUUCAUUCCUCAAGCAGGGAAGAGCGAAAGUAAAUACGUUUUUCCAUUACAUUGGUAGCUGGUAUUUUGCCAUUUGUCAUUAUUUCAUUAACAUAUGGAAAAAAAGAUGUUGAUAUGGUUAUGAAGGAAAUCUAUUAAGUCUUUCCUUUAGAAUUUUCUUGUGUAUUAUUUUCCUGAAUAAUGGUAUCUUGGUUUGUUUUCAAAAGUGUAUGAAGUAGUUAGGUAAUAAGUAGGUAUCUGUAGAAUUUGAUUAAUGAAAUAUUGUUGUCCAAAAUAUUACCAUUAAUAAUCAUUUGAUUUGCCUAAGUAUGCACUAGAAAACUAGAUACUUUCACACCACGUAUUUAUUGACAAUGUAACUUAAUGACUUUCUAGUAAGGGUAAAUUUGUAAUAGUAAUAUAUCUGUGUAAAAAAAAUGUUCUUCUAAGGCAUAUGUUUCACAUAUGGGAACUGUUUUCAGCAAAGUGUCUGCUCUUAUGAUGAAAUCUGCACAAAAACCAUAUAUUUUAAUAUAUUGCUGUGAUCUUGUGGGGUGGGUGUUUUUUUCUCAAUCAAAUAAUAAUAAAAUUUAUUUAAAAGGA